UAUUCCCGUUCAAAGUUUAAAAACUUGCUAUCCCUCCCGCAAAAGCAACUUCUUCAAAAUCUGUUGAAUUAAACCAUCCGAAGAAUGAAAAAAUAAACAGAGAGUAGUCGCUUGUGUUGAAAAAAUUGUGCGUUUUUGGUGCGUUUUUGAAAAUCGAAUGUGGUGUUUAAACUAGGAAAAUCGAUGGAACUGCUAGUAUGUUGUCCACCUUCGAAAUUAUUUGAACUAAACGAAGAGUUACGUGUUUUGUUCCUAAUUUCUGUCCAUUUAGCUAAUGAAAAUGCAGCUAAUUAAAAGACCGUUUAUAUCACUUGUCGCAAAGCAUUGUCUUUAGUAAUAAUUAAAAAAUGGAAUAGAAACAAAUCAUGUCGUCGACCAACAUUUACGAAAACUUGCCUCUGAAGAAGCUCGGCGAAAGCGAGACUUCAAAAAAUCUAAUCUCCGAAAUCAAACAGAAAAAGCGGAAAAGCACACCCGACAUACAGAAAGUCUCCUCUCAGAAUAACAUUUCAAAAAAAGCUAAGUCUUCGCGAAGCAUAUCAGAGAUGCUCUUCAACCGCAACGAUGAUAAGAGCGAUGAAAAUUUAAGCGGUCGUGAGAAAAGCAACGGCGAAGACAGUUGCCAAAAAAUUCAAUCUACUCCAACAUCGACGCUUGACGAUGGCUACGAGUCCUGCAACAGCACCCCUUUGGUUUCAGGUAGAGCGAAACCCACGAAGCAACACUCGAACCAGGCGACGAAUUUAGUACUUACUUGCACGUUAAGGAAAAAAGAUCUUCAUGUACAGCUCGAAGAAGACGAAAAAGGAUACGAAUCUUUUGUACUUUCCACUAGUUCUAGUCAAGCAGGCGAAGUCGAUCCAGAUUCACCAACGGUUCCAGACGAUGCCAGAGAAACUUGGGGCUCCAAUGCUGACUUUUUAUUGUCCAUCAUCGGAUUUGCAGUUGAUUUGGCUAACGUGUGGAGAUUUCCUUAUCUUUGUUAUAAAAAUGGGGGAGGAGCAUUUUUAGUUCCCUACACUUUAAUGUUGGUCUUUGGAGCCGUCCCUUUGUUCUACAUGGAACUCAUCCUGGGACAAUUUAAUAGACAAGGACCUAUAAGUUUAUGGAGGAUAUGUCCUCUUUUCAAAGGUGUUGGAUUUUGUGCCGUCCUAGUCGCAUUUUACGUUUCAUUUUAUUAUAAUGUAAUAAUAGCAUGGGCUUUGUACUUUUUGGGAACAAGUUUUUCGCCCGAUUUGCCAUGGCUCCAUUGCAACAACACAUGGAAUACAGAAAAAUGUUGGGAAAGCAUGCUUCCAGGUACUUCAAACGUUACGACAAGACCUCCAGUGUUUAACGACACAACUCCUACAAAUCGACAUACACCAGCUUCCGAGUUUUUUCAUCGGGCAGUAUUAGAAAUGCAGUGGAGUGAUGGCUUGCAUGAGAUGGGAUACCCGAAAUGGCAGCUGGUUCUCUGUUUAAUGAUUGUAUAUGUAAUGCUUUAUAUUUCUCUUUUUAAAGGGGUAAAAUCCUCAGGAAAAGUUGUAUGGGUCACGGCAACAAUGCCCUAUGUAGUUCUCACGAUUCUUCUAAUUCGAGGAUUGAUGUUACCAGGAGCUGCGAUGGGUAUUUCUUAUUAUCUCAAACCGGAAUUAUCAAAACUUAAAGAGACUCAGGUUUGGGUCGACGCCGCUGUACAAAUAUUUUAUUCAGUUGGAGCUGGAUUCGGCGUGCAUCUCUCUUAUGCUAGCUACAACACGUUCCAUAACAACUGUUUCAGAGACUGCAUAGUCACAACAGCCGUGAAUUGCUUCACAAGCUUCUUCUCCGGAUUUGUGAUAUUCACCUAUUUGGGAUUUAUGUCUUAUAAACAAGGGGUUCAUAUUAGCACAGUUGCUACUGAAGGACCCGGACUUGUUUUUCAAGUGUACCCAGAAGCGGUUGCAACUCUUCCAGGAUCGCAUUUUUGGUCAAUGCUUUUCUUUUUCAUGUUAAUAAUGCUUGGACUUGACUCAGCUAUGGGCGGUUUGGAAUGUGUUAUCACGGGAUUAAUGGACGAAUACUCAAAUUUCUUCAAAACACGAAAACAUUCCAGAGAAAUUUUUACCCUAGGAGUCAUCAUCGUCUCCUUUUCUGUUGCUCUUAUCAAUGUCACACCUGGUGGUAUUUAUACAUUCAACUUGUUUGACACUUAUUCUGCUGGAAUUUCACUUUUAUGUUCGGCUCUUUUUGAAGCAAUUGCAGUUUCAUGGUUCUACGGUUUAGAUCGAUUUUCUCAAGAUGUGGAAGCAAUGAUUGGUACAAGGCCAGGUCUUUAUUGGCGAAUUUGUUGGAAAUUCGUUAGUCCAACAUUUAUAAUUAUGGUGGUGUUGUUUGGAUUACUCAACCCCCAACCAUUGAAAUAUAACGAUUAUUUUUAUCCCAAAUGGGCUGAAUGGGUCGGGUGGUCUUUAGCACUUUCGUCAAUCAUUAUGAUACCACUUGUUGCUGUGUUACAAUUAAUUAAAGCUAAAGGAACAUUCAAAGAGAGACUUGCCAUUUGUAUCACUCCGAUUGAAGAACACGAAGAGAUUCGGCGGAGUAAACUCGUGAGUAGAUUCAGAGCUAGGCAUUGGUUGUUUGUCUAAGUUCCUUAAUUUUUAUUUUUUCACUUGUGUUCUAAAUAUAUUUUUUAUUGCGCUGGU